UUGGAAUAAGGAAACAAAAGGUAGAGAGUUUUACAAAGUCCAGAGGAAAGUAGGUGUAAUGAGAGGAGUGGGUAGAAAUAGGAAAGAAGAAGACAUUAUUACUAGAAUGAGAUUAGGCCAUACAUAUCUAAAUAGUUCACUAAAAUUGAUAGGCAAACAUACUACAGGGCUGUGUGAUUUUUGCCACCAGAUAGAAAAUGUUGACCAUGUCUUAAUACAAUGUAGGAAAUAUAAUAGAGAAAGAGAAAUACUGGAAAAUAAGUUAGCAAAAGAAAAUAUUAGGUUAGAAGUGGGAGAUAUAUUAGGAUUGCAUUCAGAAAACAUAGGAUAUAAAGCAAUAUACAUAUAUUUAAAAAACACUGGGUUAAGUAAAAGAAUAUAGAGUAGGGAUCCACCUCGGUCCACACUCCAUUACAGUAGGUGGCGGUAAUGCACACCAGAAGGUUGCUUGCCAACUGCCAUAAAAACAAAAGAAGAAGAAGAAGAAGAAGAAGACGGAGAAGUCCUAAACGCGGGCAUUAUAUUUCUGUAUUCUUACAUAUAUGUUGUUUAAUAGAGUACACACGGUUAAUAAUUGUUUGUAGCCGGAUACAUUAGUCUGAGCGCACUUUGACACUUCUCCUGUUUGAUAGCUUCACUUGAGGUAGCUUGCAGCUAAUUUAGCUGGCUAGUUAGCUUAGCUAGUUAGCUGCUAACAAAGAGACGCGGAAGUUAUUUAAACAUCGCUAAGUAGGGAACUAAUGUGAGUGUAAAGUGUUGUGAUUGUGUGAAAAUGUGCGAAAGUACGACAGCAAAGUACGAGGAGGAACUUUGGCCAAGAAAAGAGGAAGAGGAGCGACAACAUCAACUACUGGAUGUUUAUUAUAAGAAACAUCAUCAAGUUGUGUUACACAGAAAAGGCGUCUGUGAACAACAACUUCUGCUUGAAAAACAGGAAUGUAGCAUCAGGAUGGUGAAGGAGGAUCCAUCAAAGAGGAAGAUGAGGCUCCACGGACCCUCUGGCGUCUCCUUUUCCUCUUUGACACAGACCCUUUCCUGUAAAAAGGAAGAGGAAGACUCACAGACUUCCCACAUUAAAUACGAAGAUGUGGAACACAACAUCAGUCAGGAGGGAGAGCAUCUUGAAGGACUGGUGGAGUUCCCAGUGAUUGGUGUUCUUGUGAAGAGUGAAGAUGAUGAGGUCAAAGGUGAAAGUGAGGAGAGGAGAGAGGCGGAGCCUCCAAGCAGCAGCUCAACACAACACAUGACAACAGAAGCUGAUGGAGACCACUGUGGAGGAUCACAAGCAGACAACCUCUUAGCUCCACUAUCAGAUAGUGAGGACACAACGUCACACUCUCCUGACACGGAUGAUGAAGACUCUAAAGAUGAUAAGACAUGUCACACUGACCACACUCACUUCACAUGUUUUCACUGUGACAAAACCUUUAAAUACCAUAGUCAUCUGAAAAGACACAUUAUAAUACACACUGGAGUCAAACCUUUUUCUUGUUCAAUCCGUGGCUUAUCUUUUACAAGGAAGGGCAAUAUGAAAGAGCACACAAGAACACACAAAGGAGAAAACACUUUUUCGUGUUCUGUGUGUGAUUCAAGGUAUGCACGAAGUCAAUGUUUGAAAUUACACCUGAAAAGACACACUGGGGAAAACCUUUUUGAAUGUUCUGUGUGUAAUUCAAGUUUUGUCCGAGGUGAAAGUUUAAAAACCCACAUGAGAACACACACAGGAGAAAAAACUUUUUCUUGUUCAGUGUGUGGUGUAUUUUUUUACACAGAGUGCAAGUUUAAAAAGACACAUGUGAACACACACUGGAGGAAACCUUUUUCCUGUUCAGUGUGUGGAACAGGUUUUGUACACAAGAACAACUUGAAAACACACAUGAGAAUACACACUGGAGAAAAACCUUUUUCUUGUUCAAUCUGUGGCUUAUCUUUUACAAGAAAGGAACAUAUGAAAGAGCACACAAGAACACACACUGGAGAAAACCCUUUUUCGUGUUCUGUGUGUUAUUCAAGGUAUGCACGAAGUCAAGAUUGGAAAAAACACCUUAAAAGGCACACUGGAGAAAACCUAUUUAAGUGUUCUGUGUGUAAUUCAAGUUUUGUCCAUGGUGAAAAUUUGAAAAGACACAUGAGAUCACAUACAGGUGAAAAACCUUUUUCUUGUUCAAUCUGUGGCUUAUCUUUUACAAAAAAUGAAAAUAUGAAAGAGCACACAAGAACACACACGGGAGAAAAAACGUUUUCCUGUUGUGUGUGUGAUUAAAGUUUUGCACGAAGUCAAAAUUUGAAAAAACACAUGAGAAGACACACUGAAGAAAAAGUGUUGAGUUGCGGUGUGUGUGAUGAAAGAUUCUCUCAUGAGUACCAACUUAACAAACAUAAGUGUGCUGUUGAGACCAGCAGCAGUAAAAAAGAAGAGCUCCACAGACCUCCACCAGGCCAAAUCUCCUAGUAGUAAAGAAUCCGUUAAAAUAAGUCUGAAUCCAAAUGAUGAUCAGGAUCAACACCAAAAUCUAAUCACUUCUUUCUUAUCCCAUUUCUGACAUGUCCUGAAAGUUUCAUUAGCAUCUGAAUAUACUUUUUGUUUUUUAUGAUUCCAACUAAAUGACAAUCACACAAACCCCAAAUCACCUUUAGGUCUUUUCCAAUGACUUCAAUAGCAAACAUAUAAAUAUGUUUCUUAGUUACACAUCCUGGAAAACAACAUUCACACCACAGUUUAUAUGUAUUGCUCAUUCUUACUAAUAUGUUUAGUUGUGUACUAACACAUCAAUUUGUACUUCUGUAAUAUUUAAGAAGUGAUUAUGAUGUUAUGGUUCAGUGUGCCCCUUCACAGGCUUGCUGUCUCCAAAACAAGUCUCCACCAAGGUGGUGCCAGUGGUCCUACUUCUUGUACUUGUACGCUACACAGUAUAAUUAAGCACAGUUUUUGUAAGAUAGACAUUUUUGUUUGUACUAGCAAUUUGAAACCAGCGCUGUAUCCUUUGCUUGUGACCUUGUAGAAUAA